AUGAAUUAUUCUAUCAUCAAUGUUGUUAUAAACACAUAUUUAAAACUUGAUAAUAAUUUAAAACAAAAAUUAUUGUACAAAUGUUAUAGCAGUUACGUAUCAGACAGCCGAUCUCUAUUUGGUUAUAUUCCCAUAUCAUCUCGUUCCUUUCACUCUUCACAUGCUAGAGGUGAAGUACAGAAAGACGGCGUUGAAGUUCUUUUAUCACCCCAAGAAGUCACUGCUGAAUUACGUAAAAAUGAAUACAAUAAGGACUUUUCUUAUGGUUCAGUUAAGUCUUAUGAUUCCAAUCAAUUGGCAUCAAACAACCCAAUUGAAGAUACUAGAUGUGAAGCACAAUGCAAGAUGACCCCAGGAUUUCUUAUGGGAGUUUUUGAUGGUCAUGGUGGACCGGCUUGUGCUCAAGUAAUAUCAAAACGACUUUUUAAAUACAUAGCUGCCGCACUUUUACCUCUAAAUCAAUUACAAAAAUACAUGAGUGAUGAACCUCGUGAAUUACUAAUAGAAACUUACAAUGAUAGAGCUGAAAUUGUCCAAGAUUUAAAACAGAUCUAUGACGAUAGUUUUAACUGUUUCUUAAAGAAACUUUCAGAAAAAGCAAACAAUGAUGUUGAUAUUCAAGCAUCUUUAGAGAAUGGAAUUUUACAAUUAGAUAAUGAUUUGUCACGAGAAGUGUUAGAUUAUUAUAAUACAAAUGGUACUGUUAAUCCAAAGACAUUGUCGGUGGCAUUAUCGGGCGCAGUUGUUUGCUUUUCUUAUAUAGAUGGUCCUCAUAUGUAUGUUGCUAAUGUGGGCGACUGUAAUGCCGUUCUAGGCACUAUGACUGAAGAAAAUGAAUGGACGGCUAAAAAAAUUACUAAAGAACAUAAUACAGAAAAUUUUGACGAGCUCAAGCGUAUUUGGAAUGAGCAUCCUGACGAGGAGCGGAAAACUGUUAUUCGAAGGGACCGACUUCUCGGCGAAUUAGCACCUUUACGCAGUAUGGGUGACUAUAGAUACAAAUGGAAAACUGGAGUAUUAACCGACGUGGUCGUGCCAAUAAUUGGUCAGAAAGCCAUACCGGCCAAUUAUUACACCCCACCUUACCUCACUGCCAAACCAGACAUCUUUUAUCAUAGAUUAACACCAAAGGAUAAGUUCUUAAUUAUUGCCUCAGAUGGCUUAUGGGAUAUGAUGACGCCGAUACAGGCUGUUAAACUAAUCGGAGAACACAUGAAGGGCAAAGUAUUUUUUAAUCCACUCAAGCUACCAAAGAAAAAUAUUCAACUUGGUGAUAUAAAUGAUCUUUUGUUGCAUAGAAAGGAGAGUUUGAAAAUUAAACCUAAAGAUAGGAACGCUGCAACUCAUUUAAUAAGGCAUGCCAUUGGUGGGACGGAAUAUGGUGUGGAUCAUUCGAGGCUGGCUCACCUGUUGAGCUUGUCCCCAGACGUUAGCCGCAUGUUUCGGGACGAUAUGACCGUAACUAUUAUAUACUUUGAUUCAGAGUUUCUGAGACAGUGCCCCGCC